AUGGCGAGUACCAGCAGUGGUGGAUCUUCGCAGUUACAGACUUUCAAAGAUUUAGGCUUAAAUUCAUGGCUCUACAAUCAAUGUAAAAAUAUGGGAUUAAGUAAGCCCACUCCGAUUCAAGUAAAUUGUGUUCCGCCAAUUCUUAACGGACAAGACUGUAUAGGCUGUGCAAAGACUGGGAGUGGAAAAACGGCUGCAUUCGCUCUGCCAAUACUCCAGAAACUGUCUGAGGAUCCAUAUGGUAUAUACGCUCUAGUUCUCACUCCAACCAGAGAGCUGGCAUUCCAGAUUGCUGAGCAGUUUAAAGUCUUGGGAAAACCAAUCGGGAUCCGUGUAUCAGUCAUUACAGGCGGGUUAGAUAUGAUGCAGCAGGGACUAGAUUUGGCAGUGAAACCUCACAUUGUCAUCUCCACCCCUGGUCGGCUGUCAGACCACAUACAGAGCUGUGACACUUUCAGCCUGAAAAAAAUUAAAUUCUUGGUUCUUGAUGAAGCAGACAGACUGAUAGAAGAUGACUUUGGGGAACAACUUGAAGCCAUAUUUAAAGUGAUACCUAAGAAACGACAGACACUUUUGUUCAGUGCUACCAUGACGAAAACUCUGGAGAGUCUUCAGGAAAUCGGCAUGAACAAACCAUUCUUCUGGCAGCAAAAAUCUGAAACACUAUUGGUAGAAGGGCUGGAACAGCACUACUGUCUGAUGGCUGCCGACGUCAAGGAUGCCCAUCUAAUGCACAUUCUAGACAAAUUCACAGAGGAAAGGCCGAAGAGCUCCAUCAUGAUAUUCACCAACACUUGCAAGUACACACAGAUUCUAGGAAUGAUCUGCACCAGUCUGGGCCUCAAUUGUGUGAUCCUACAUGCCAUGUGCAAACAGAAGGAACGGCUGGCCGCCUUAGCAAAGUUCAAGUCUAACCAAGUUAAUAUACUCAUUGCUACUGAUGUGGCUAGCAGAGGAUUGGACAUUCCCACAGUAGAUCUCAUCAUCAACCAUAAUGUGCCGUCACGACCCAAAGACUAUGUACAUCGAGUGGGUCGUACCGCUAGGGCAGGUCGAGGUGGCAAAUCCAUUACAUUGGUGACACAGUUUGACAUUAAAUUGGUCCAUGCCAUCGAAGAAUUUACAAAAAAGAAGAUGACAGAGUACAAGGUAGAAGAGAAAGAGGCUUUAAAUAUUCUGGUAGAAGUGGCUACAGCCCGCCGGGAGGCUGAGAUCAAAUUAGAUGAAAGAGACUUUGGAGAAAGAGAUACAAUUAACAAGAGAAAGAGGAUGAUUUUAGAGGGAAAAGAUCCAGAUGACGAAGAGGAAAAGAAACAGAAAUAUCUGAAACAAAAAAAGAAAUCAUGGAAGAAACAGAGAACGAAGACGAAGACAUGAUUUCUCUUGUUAAUUUUUGUUAUUUACCGUACUUAAUUGUCGCUAUUGUCCAGGAAUUGUACUCCACAUCACAGAUAAAGGAACACCACAAACAACCUAAUCAACUUAGAUUAUUGUAUUGAGAAUAUCUCUAAUCAAUGUUAAAUUAAAUGUUCUAUUUGUCUGUUUGAAACAGAUUUACACAAUUUUGUUUGGGGAUGUUGACAUGAUGUAUUAUAUGGUACAUGCACCACACUAUGUGUCGAGAACAUACAUUUCAGAUAGGGACUGAAAAUGUAUUGCAAUUUCAUUGGUCAGUUCUUCCAUAUUUUUAUUUUUGACAAUAUUCGUAUCUGUAAAUGUGUCAAAACUUCAAUUAUUGCAAUUAUAAAAAAUGAAAUUGAAAUGGUUUUACAAAAUCUUUCCAUAAAUUUGGUGAUAUGUUGGUUUAGGUUAACACCAUAGUGUUGAAUUUGUGUCAAUUGGGCAAUAGAAAGGUUUUCCAGUUUACCAAAAUGUUUUGGUUAAUUAACUUACCUCUCAGUGACAAUUCAAUUGGCUACCUUGUCCACACCGAUGUUCACAUAGGAGAUUAAGCCUAUAUUUUUGAUGCGUAAAUGUCUACAAGAUAGAAUUAGUAAAACCAUGUAUUUGAUGGUGUUUUCUCAUAGGUACAAAUUCAUUUUCCUAUGGUUUCAAUACUUUAUAUCUAACCUAACAUUAAACCUAUAGAGAAGUAGAUCAGGACAGUACUUGUACUUAAGGUUGAUAAAAACUGUUCCAGAAUGAAAGUUUUAAGAACGAUUGAUGGAUAUUUUACCGAGAUCAUAUCUCACUGGGUGUGUAGGAUCGAGAUGAAUGGAUUAUCUCCCCUGAAACACCAGUAAUUUUCUAGAUAAUGUAUUCUAGAUAAAACCAUGUAUGUUGGACCACUUUGCUUUUAUAACAAAGUCCCCUUCCAACUCCACACACUUGUUCCAUCUAGUUUGCCAGUCACUGAUACAUGUACCACUUAACUUUCUGGGCCUGAAGGUGUUUUUGGUUGAAGUCUGGGGAAGAGUUGGAAGCUGCUGGGAGCUAGGUCUGGAGAAAAGGAUGAUGAGGAAGGAGGACGACGUGCAUUGCUAUACCCAUCACAACUUGGCUGAUGUAGACUAGUGUUGUUCUGGUGAAGCAGAACUCCUUGACCGAUUUUUCCUGUUUUUUUCUUCUGGAUUGAUUUACAUACCUGUAUCAGUAUGUUAAUGUAAAACAUUUUAAUGUUAAUUUCCAGUUCCACAGGACUGGUAGUCGUUGUGAAUGGCUUCUUCACUGUCCUAAUAAUUAGUCGCAAUUUCCAUGAUGGGCCUUAUUGUUUUGAACCUCUUCGUAUUCAGAGAUGUGGCAUGUUUUAAUUCCAUCGAUUGUAAAGCCAGUUUAUCACAGGUUAGACCCCUAAAAUGAAAAUCAUCUAAACUGGCAUUGCACAGAGUGAGCAAGAUUCCACUUACUAAUGGUGACUAUCAAUUGUUUCAUGUCAACUGAAAGCAUUCUUGGGACUUAACCUUGUACAUACCAUGGACAUGUAUUUUCUGCCAUAUGUUUGUCAUAGGAAUCUAUUGUUCCUGCUAAUUAAAAGAGAAUGUGGCUGUGUUACAAUGUAACAUAUAUUUUGUGUCAUUCUCUAUUACGUGCAAUAAACGUGAACUAGGAUAUAUUAAA